GUCCACGCUCAAACUUGGGCACACUCACGCUUCUCUUUUUCCAAGAGAUAAGAGAUAAGACUUAACACAAACGCAACCCAAAUCUAGGAUUUAAUAAGAAAUUCCAAACAGAAAAAGUUAAUUCCAAAAAUCACAGUUUCAUCCUUCACAAAUCGGUCAAGAUCUUUUUUAUACUGUUGCCUACCGUCCAGCACAAGUUUGAAACUGAAUUUUAAGAAAUUUGAACUUUAUAAUUUCAUUAGAGAUUUUUAGGUCUUUCAGUCCAKUUUCCUUGAUUUUUGAAACCAUAUUACAGCAGAAGACAAAACUUGGAGGAUUUUAAUUUUGGAAACUUUGUGAAGACGGGAAUUCCAGUUGGAAGCCAAUGCAGUGUCAACGUUCGGUUUGAUUUGUCGGUAUCUCACCAACUAUGGGAAAUACAAUGGACUGCUUCUCCUGUUUCGAUUUUCCUAACCUUAUAGUCGCUGUAAAAACCGGCGACACCAAAGGCGUAGGGCUCCAUAAUUGUGCUUAUCUGACUUUAAUCGACGAAGCAGGAAAGACUUCACAGGAAUUAAGUCUCGCUGGGAAUUGUUUUACGGUUUUCAAGCGAGGACAUACAGAUUUUUUUACGUUUCGAGUGGAAUUGAAUAUAGGACCAAUAACAAGGUUGAAACUGUGUCGUUCUGAGUUGAAUGAAAAAAGAUGCGUUGAAUGGUUCGUGGAAAAGAUUGAAGUGCGUCGAUAUUUCGGAGAACCGGACGAGUUUGAGGGAAAAGAGGAUCUAGUGUUUCCUUGUCAUCGAUGGAUUCGCAACAAGAGGCCAAUAGUGAUUGAAAAUUAUGAUUGCUCUUUGCCACAAUAUGCUGAAGAAAGUGAACAGAGAGAACUGGAAAUAUUUUGGAAAAGACGAGUGUAUCGAUACCAUAGAAUAAGAGACGAUCUUCCUCCGCAAAUCAGUUUUUGUCCCAAGGAAGAGGUUUUUACUGGCAAUAGUAAAUGGGAUAUCAUGGUACGAAAACAAGCAAUGAUGUCCAAGUACAAGCUGCCGCUGUAUGAAUCCCAACAAUGGGAGAGUUUAUACGAAUUUGAUGAUAUUUAUGGCAAAAAAUUAUCUACUCCUGCUGUAAGUACCGAUACUGUUUGUCUUUGA